AUGUCCGACGCAGCCCCAAAGCCAUUUGAGUUUGAGACUCUACAGCUUCAUGCAGGGCAGCAGCCAGAUCCCACCACUAACGCUCGUGCUGUCCCUAUUUAUUCGUCGACAAGUUUCGUCUUCAACGAUUCAGCGCAUGGAGCAGAGCUGUUUGGUCUUCGUGCGCUUGGACAUAUAUACUCUCGCAUCGGUAACCCAACGGUCGACGUAUUCGAAAACCGAAUCGCAGCUCUUGAGGGUGGUGUCGCUGCCGUAGCUGCCUCCAGUGGACAGUCCGCCCAAUUCCUUGCCAUCUCAACGAUCGCCAGUGCAGGAGAUAACAUUGUAUCUACGCCCUUCCUAUACGGCGGUACAUACAAUCAAUUCAAAGUGACCUUCAAGAAAUUCGGAAUCACUGUGAAAUUCACCGAGGGAGACGACCCAGCCGGGUUCGAAGCAGCAAUCGACGAGAAGACCAAAGCUAUCUACGUUGAAAGUAUCGGUAAUCCCAAGUAUAACGUCGCCCCUAUUGCUGAACUGGCCAAGAUUGCUCACGCCCAUGGAAUUCCAUUGAUCGUCGAUAACACCUUUGGGAUGGGAGGUUACUUACUCCGUCCAAUAGACCUUGGCGCCGACAUUGUUGUGCACAGUGCAACGAAAUGGAUUGGAGGUCACGGAACGACCAUUGGUGGUGUUGUUGUCGAUUCAGGAAAAUUCGACUGGACACGAUCUGGCAAAUUCCCCGGUUUUACCGAGCCUUCAGAGGGAUAUCACGGACUCGUAUUCAGUGAAACCUUCGGCGCCGUUGCGUUCGCCACGAAAGUGCGCGUCGAGCUUCUCCGUGACAUUGGCCCAGCGAUGAACCCAUUCGCGGCCUUCCUCCUUCUGCAAGGCUUGGAAACACUUAGCUUGAGGGCCCAGAGGCAUUCGGAGAAUGCACUUGAGCUAGCUAGGUGGCUAUUGAACCACCCCAAGGUCGCUUGGGUCUCGUACCUCGGGCUUGAAAACCACGCAUACCAUGAACGUGCCAAGCUCGUGUUGAGGCCGAAUGCAUUUGGAGGAGUGUUGAGCUUUGGAGUCAAGGCAGACGUGAGCGUGGCGAGUAAGGUCGUCGAUAGUCUCAGAUUAGCCAGUAACCUAGCCAAUGUUGGUGAUGCAAAGACGCUAGUGAUUCAUCCUGCGACCACAACACAUCAGCAGCUUACUGAGGAUGAACAGCUUUCGUCAGGUGUCACUCCCGACUUGAUCCGGGUUUCUGUUGGUAUUGAGCAUAUCAGUGACAUCAUCGCAGACUUUGAGCAGGCCUUGAAGGUGGUUCCAUGAGCGAGAACUAUCGGAGGAAAUAAAAAAUGUAACACUAUCUAAAAAAUGUACAGUAUGCGAGGAAAACACACCUAUCUGAACUGGGCUCUUAACUAACAU